GUUGAAAAUAAAUUAUGCCCAGAACCUACCUCCUUGAUGCGCCUAUGAUCAGAGAAGACAUGAUUAAGCAACAACAAUAUUCAAUUUAGAAACAAACGAAAAAUUGACAUUUGCAAUAAAAAUUUAAAAUAAUUCGAAAUGAAUUUGUUGAAGAGAUCUGUGCUUAUCCCUAAUUUGUUGAGAAAGAAUAUUUUCACUGGAAGCUAUUUACGAGCAAUUAAAAACCCAUGCCCCCCUUCUCCUACAAGUGAAGAUUUUCAGAAAUUAAUCGUAAGAAAGCAAUUCAAACGAUUGAAAGAUAACCAGAAAAAGUUCCAGGUCGAUGACGGUCUUCCAGUGUGGUUGAAAGGAGGUUUGAGAGACAAGAUUCUAUUUCAAAUAACGCUCAUAGGUCUCCUUGUUUGUUUGGUGAUGACGGGAGACGUUUUCUACCAAUUGUUUUUGAGAUGAUUCAUAUAAUAUUGUAUCUGUUCUUCAUAAAGAAUUGUAAAAUCAGAA